CAUGUUUGUAGAUGGCGGCCGGGGAGAAAGGGUUGGUCCUUCAAGGAAGGAAUUUAGAUUUGUAUCGGUUAUGAAGAGUUUGGAGAUGUCAAAACACGACGAGAGUUCAAUGGACAUAUUAUAAACCACCAGGGAUGCAAUUUAAUGCAUCUAGAACGUCCAUGGUCUCUGAAGUUGGGCCUAUGCUAACCGCCUGUGCAGGUGUGAGUGGCCUAUCAAAUGGGGAAAUGUCUGUCAUGCUGUGAGGCUCCAGGACAGCCCGGUCCUGAUGCCCAGUUCGCUGACCCACGCGCCAUCUCAUCGUCACAGUCCAGGUCAUCCACAGGAUUUGUCUCCGAGUCGAAAGAGCUGAAACGUGCAGCAGCAGUCACAGACACAAACUACGGAACCGGUCGACCGCUUAUAGCGCCAUCAGACAAGAAAAUGUUCACGCAAUACCCAAAACUCCCUCCAAUUAAAAAACAAAGUAAUGGUGAAAGUAAACGAUUGUCACUCAUUUCUAAGGAUUUUCAAGAAUCUAAAGUUAUAGCCAUGUUUGACAUGUACAAAGAUUCAGAUGAUGAUGACAUCAUUUUGGCAGAGGGUGUGGAGAAGUUCUGUGAAGAUCUUGAUGUGAAACCAGAAGAAUAUAUUGUCCUUGUCAUUGCUUGGAAGUUCCAGGCUGAUCAAAUGUGUCGUUUUACCCGCGAUGAAUUUAUUAAUGGUUGUAGGAAUCUCAAAUGUGACUCCCUGAAGAGCAUUCGGUCCAAGUUCCCAGAACUUCUUUCGGAAGUAGAGAACAAGCAGGCCUUCAAGGACCUUUAUCGCUGGACGUACAAAUUCGGCCUUGAUUCUGACACAGGCCAGAGGACUUUGCAGACUGAGAUGGCCAUGAGCUUGUGGAAACUGGUGUUCUCUCAGCACGAGCCACUGCUUCUCGAACAUUGGCUUGAAUUCCUCUCCAAACAUCAGAAUAUUCGAGGCAUUCCAAGAGAUACGUGGGACAUGUUCUUGAACUUCACUGAGCACGUGGGCGAGGAUUUGACCACCUAUGACGACACAGAGGCAUGGCCAAGCCUGUUUGAUGAUUUUGUUGAGUUUGAGAAUGAUCGUCAGAAUCAAAAUGUUAUGACCGACUGAUGUUCGAUGUUCUGUGAUUAUACGAGUGCUUCUGUGUAGUAAUAGUGAUAUAACUGUGUUACUGUCUGGUUGGUCGGGAAAUGGUCAUGUGUUGGUUAUGUAAGCUAAUGUUUUCUUCUCGAGAAAUUAUUCACUUCUUCAAAUUCUUUAUAGCAGAAGAAAUUUACCAUGACUGUAUGAAUGUGGGCUCAAACUGUUUAUCAAUAUCAGGAAUGUUGGUGAUUGGAGAAAACUGAUAAUGUGACCUUUAAUGGAAGCCCCCCAAUUUCACCAUAAGGCCUUUACUCUUGUCUCACUUAACACGACAACUUGUGUUCAUCAGACCAUGCUCAUACCCAACGUCCCACUGGUGGCCUCUUAGCUUUCACUGUCAUUGCCUUCAUCCUCUCAUCGUUGGUUCACCAUCAUCGUCCGAUACUGUCAGCAUGUGUGUGCGCAUGAGAGGUUUACACAACAGAACUGAUUUCAACAGAUUGUAGCAGUAUAGUAGAACAGACUUGAUAUCCACUGUAUUGUUUCCAUUCUAUACUACUCAAAAGAAGUUUAGGAUCACCCGAUGCUUUCAUGUUAAUAUAGUUAAAUCUGUCUUGCCAUGACAGAUUAACUAUAGUAAUAUCAAACUAUUGGGUGACGUUUUUGAGUAGUAUAAUACGAUAAAUACCCUGGAACCAUUUGCUACUUUAGCUCUUUGAGUCGGAGUCUACUAAUGAUGCUAAAAAUAGCUGUCCAGUUAACUCACUGUUACAAGUGAGAAAUUCUGUGUUAAGUUUAAUAGAGAAAGUAACAAUUGAGCGACAUUUCCAAUUUUGAAGUGAAUGGACCCAGCAUAUUUAUCAAAAUAGAAUUGACAUGUAAUGCACUGGAUAAUGGAGGAUGUCUUGAGGAAUAAAUUCGCAGCUAAAUGUUAUCAUGUGCAUGCAAGAAAUGAAUAUUAAAUUGGAGUUAUGAAUAAUCUCAAUGAUAGCGGAAUAUAAAAGCAAAUAGAUAUGUUUUUCCUAUACCCAGGAAUGCCAAGUGGCAGUGAAAUGUGAGGGUAUGAAUUGAAGUGUAAAUGCUCAGGGGGAAUAGCCUGUUUUGCACACAUUUGAUUGGCUGUUGCUCUCUGUGGCUGAAUGGACCUGAUUAAGGGUUAUUUGAUCUGCUGCCCUAGGAUCUUGACUUACAUAAGCGUUGUAAAUCUCUGAUCAUCAACAUCAAUGGCCUACCAAUUUUGACCUGCAGAUUGAUGUUAAUAAGCUGAAUUAAAUUUCCAAUUACGUAGUAAGAACAACCAAACUCUUAAUUCUGGGUUAUUUCUCUCUCACAAAUAAAGCCAGAACCAAGAACUUAAUCCGUGACAGAGCGUCCAUAUUUCCUCACCUUGUUUGUUAUUGUCAAAUUCACUUGUGCAAAUAUGACAGGUCAGCUUAUUCUAAGUUCUAAGGCUCAGUUUGGGAAAUAUAAAUAUGAAGGAAAAGGCAGGAUCCUUUUCAAUGGCUGCUGACCUCAGUAAAAUGAAAUCUGGAUAUUUCUACAGAUGAAUCAUGGUUAUUGCUGUUUCAGCAUUUUUAUAAUUGCACUGUCCUAUUGCAGUUGUAUAAUCUUAGAGCUGACAGGUUUUGUUAAAACCAGAGAUUAGGAUCCGAAAUGAGUGUAUCAUGUCUUCAUGUUGUAGAACUUGCCAAGUUUGGAAGGAGGUUUUUUCUAUGUCUCAGAAGGCAGUUCAAAACCUUAAAGGAUUUCCCCUGUGGGGAUGUAAAGUAGUGAGGGAUCUAGAAGCAGUUGAUUGUGUGUUUCCCUUCAGUUCCUUUCUAGUUUAUCAUGUGAACAGGUAUAUCCUAUUGCUUGACGAUACAUCCAGAAUAAUGUAGAAAUUGCUGCCUUUAUUGUCUUGAUUCGUAAUAUAUGUUUUCUUUAGCUUUCAUCCUGUUAAUAUGAAAUUAUUGUAGCUCACCUGAUCAAAAUGCGCUGUAGAUGCUUGUCAUGGCUUGUUGUCUUUCGUUAACUUUGCUCAUGAACAACUGCUCUGAAACACUUAAAUGGGACGUGUUCCAAAUGAAGAUAAAAAUUUGUUGUUACUGUGAACAUGAUGACAACCUAAAGAAAGGUUCAAUGUUAAUGUCAAGGCAAAUUUGUAAGGGGUCCCAGUUGGCCAUCAUUAGCAAAACUGAUGCAGCUUAUCUGCCCUUCAGCCGCUAGUCUGUAGUCUGUCUCUGGUACAAUUCCUUUUUGUCUAGUAAACUCAGCUAUUAAUAGUCUACAUGCCAAGACUAAUAUUCAGUGAAAAUUUCAGAUGCAAAGUUUUUUUGGCCCUGCUUCAGACCUGUAAGUUCAGUUUCCCACCUAGGUACUGUGUGUGAAGCCCAUUUCUGGUGUCCCCUGCCGGGAUUUUGAUGGAUUAUUGCUAAAAGCGGAGUAAAACAUUUUUACUCACUCACUCAGACCUGUAAGCUUGACAAGGUCAGUAUCAAGUAACUGUCUGUCGCUUUUAGCUACUGGGACAAUCUGUGAAGCUUAGAGAAUAAUAGUCCAUGUGAUAACAUAACAUCAGAUGUGAUGCUGAGAGCAAAUUAAAAAAGAUGUUUUUUGCACAAACUGUUUUAACGAAUACACAAGGCCUUAGCUGCAUUCUCCUCUAUUGUAGUGUCUCCGCUCACUCAGCAGCUUCAGUGUGGCAGUGGACAGAUUCGUGCUUCUUGUCCAUAAAUCAUUCCGACCGUUUGGCAUGUAAGGGUUGUCAUAAGUCACCAUGGUGUGACUGCAUCAUGUACACAGAGCCAGCAUGUCUCACUGGACAUGUUUUGCGUUGUAGGGGCGGUCGGGUGUCCUAGUGGUUAAAGCGUUUGCUUGUCACGCCGAAGACUCAGGUUCAAUUCCCGACAUGGGUACUAUGUGUGAAGCCAAUUUCUGGUGUCCCCCGACGUGAUAUUGCUGGAAUAUUGCUAAAUGCGGCGUAAAACCAUACUCACUCACUCACUUGCUUCGUAAUGAGUAUAUUUAUGCAAGAAGACUAUAACCAAAGUAGCAUGUAGGGUCGGUUGAGCCUGCCCCAUCAGUGUGUGAGGUCUAUUCCUUGUGUCCCUUCACUGUCCAGCUGCUGAGACUGGUGUUAACCCAUAUUCAUUUACUGUGGCCAUGGUAACAUUUGAAUAUAUUCCAUUAUGUUGAUAUGAACUAAUGUGGCAAGAUUAUUUGGCAAGAAACAUGGAGAAAUUAGACCAAUGCACUUCAAGCUGAAACUAGCCAUGCCAAGUUGGAUAUUGUAUUGAGAACAUGAGCAUGCCCAUAAAACCUGAGAUUUUCCUUGCUGUCGGGUUACAUUUAACAGAAGGCAAAAUUGACAAUUUGGUUGGAGUGAGACUUGGAUCAGGCUAAUUUGUUGGCAGUGCCAGCAAAUUUAAAUUCCGCAAACACCCCUUUGUCAGCUAGUUUUAUGACAUACCAAUCUGACCUAAACUGAUCAUGUCUCUGUUUCACAAUUGACACUAAUUCCAAUAGCUGUAGCUAGGUACUUGGUGGGACGUGGUCCUGUGUGCGGCACACAGGUCACAAAUUGGGUAAAGUUUAAAAACAUCGGUCAUGGAGACUCUUUAGCUGGGCAACCGUGUUUGUCCUGAGAGUUUCUAUGGCUUCGGUCCUGCGCCACACUGAAGCACAUGUGUCUCCUUCGACAAGUGACUUUGUUUGAAAUAUGCCUCUGUUCACCCAGCAGUAAAUGGGUACCCAGUAGGAUAAGAUGGUCAUGUGACUGUAAACCUUGUGUUGUAUUCUUCCCAGUUAGCUGAGAAUGAAAACUCGAGUGCACACUGAUCCAUUGACUGGGGUAAUAAUAAUGUACUGUAUUGAGUGGAUUAUUAUUAUUAUUAUUAUUAUUAUUACUAUUAUUAUUAUUAUAGGUUGAGAAUGGUCAUCUGGCAAUGUAGCAAAGUCUCCCUUCAUAGCUGGGUGCGUUUCCUCACUUGGGUUCAGUGUAUGAAGCCAAAUAUUGCUGUCCCAUCAUGAUACGGCUGAAAUAUUGCUGAAGUUCACCUCAUUCACUUCCUGAACAUGCUAAAACUCCAAACUGGCCCAAUAGAACAUUUGAUAGUAAACAUUUGAAUGUAUGCUUUCAAGGUGAGUACCAUACAACGCCGUGUAUGGUGACACCCCAACUGAUGAUUAAGGAGAUUAACACUGCACUUGGACAUCGUUAUAGGUGUUUUACUUUGUAUACAUGGUACAGAAAGUCUCUUUGAAAAUGUGUGCUACAUUCAGCUGUAUUUGUAUAUUGGUUUGUGUGACAAUUUGUUUGUGAUAUUGUACAUGUUAUAUUCUUGUUAUGAGUGAGCUGUAUGGAAGCCUUGAAAUCUGAGAUGGUGUGAGAAUGACCUGGGUGAAGUACAUAUUACUAGGAACGCUUCUUCGUCUUAUGUUGUCAUCAGUUUGCUAAGUAGAUGCCCUUCAUGUCUAGUCACUCUUGCUUGCUCCCUGUUUUGUCUUUAAUUUAAAUUUAUAUUGUAUUAAAAUGUGAUAGUAUAAUCAGUGAUUGGCGAUUGAGUAGUGUCCUUGCUUUGAUGAAUGUGAUAAAUCCACCGUAGUCAAAACUUUUGCUUUUUUGGGGGGGGUCCGUAGGAGUUGUCUCCCUUGAAGUGUAUGCUUUGGGAAUGGAGUAACGUAUUUGUGAAACGUUUGUAAUAUUAAAUUGCACAACUGUCUACUAUUUUCUAUGCAAAAUGGUACACACUGUUCAGUGCUAGGUCCCUAUUUAUUUGAAUGACUAUUUUUAUGGAACCAUUGUGAAGAGAUUGUCAACCCUAGUGACAACAAUUUGGUGCUGAAGUGGACAUGAAUCAGCCUAUUGUUGCCGAGUGUCUGUAUGUUUUGUAACAUUGCGGUUUCAUCAUGUACAUGUACCAUAUUCCUUGUUUUGAUAUUUGUGGAAUUGUCAGAUAAUCAUAUUUACCUUUUAUGGAAAUCUACAGUCUAUCAGCAUGCUCAGUUAUACAUAAGACCAUCAGUAGAAACUUAAGUCCCAUUUAUCCAAAAUCUCACAGCUCAAACUUACAGUAAAGUGCAACAUUUAUGUCUGAUGAGCAGACAUUUUUCUCUAUUUUUCAAAUGGUUUUGAACAGAGCUGUAACCAUGGUAAGAGCUUUGGCGUUUGAAGACAAUUGCCUCAGCUGUCGUUGUAGAUAUUAUAAACCUCUGUCGGAAAUGAAUUUUUCAUGUUA